ACCCCAGGGGACGUCAGACAACUGCUGAAGUCACUGUUGAAACGAAUUUCUUAAUUUCGUCAACAGGACGGGUGGAUUUUGAUCAACUCCGCGAUGUGGUGUAGCCGAGCCGCAGUCAGGAGACUACAGCGCGUCGCGGUAGCUCCGCUCACCGUUAGUGCAAUGCACAAAACGAUGUCCACUGUGUCUCGUGUGUACGUUACCCGACAGAUUCCACCUGAAGGACUGGAGAUACUCAGAAAAUCUGGCCAAGUGCAGUUUGAGCUGUGGAAUUCAGAUGACCCAGUCCCUCGGGAGGAACUGCUGAAAAAAGUCAAAGGCGUCGAUGGAUUACUUUGUGUUCUCACGGAGAAGAUUGAUGCCGAACUACUGGACGCAGCAGGUCCAAACCUCAAGGUCUUGAGUACCAUGUCUGUAGGGUUUGAUCAUCUCUCUCAGCCCGAACUGAAGAAAAGUGAACUAAACUUUGUGUGUGUGUGUUUUCUCAGGGGGAUCAGAGUGGGCUACACUCCAGAGGUUCUGACUGAUGCUGUUGCAGAACUGACUGUGGCCUUAUUGCUCACUACGUCACGGAGACUCAUCGAGGCCACGCAUGAGGCUAAAACUGGAGGCUGGGGAACAUGGAGGACUCUGUGGCUGUGUGGGUAUGAACUGGCCAACAGCACUGUCGGGAUUUUAGGACUGGGAAGAAUUGGUAUUGCUAUUGCAGAGCGUCUGAAGCCCUUUAAGGUGAAAAAGUUCAUCUACACAGACGUUGCUCCUAGACCUGAGUUAGCAGAGAUUAUUCAAGCAGAGUACGUCUCCAUGGAUGAGUUGGCGAAGCAGUCUGAUUUCCUGGCUGUGUGUUGUGCUCUGACGCCGGAAACCCAGGGCAUCUGUAAUCAUAAUCUUUUCUCAAAGAUGAAGAACACUGCCAUCUUUAUCAACACCAGCAGGGGAGGUGUAGUGAAUCAGGAGGAUCUCUAUGAGGCGUUGUCCACUGGUCAGAUUGCUGGUGCGGGACUGGACGUCACCACCCCAGAACCUCUUCCCACCAACCACCCCCUCUUCACACUGAAAAACUGCGUGAUCUUACCACAUAUCGCUAGUGCGUCAUACACGACACGGAACGCCAUGUCUGCUCUCGCUGCCAACAACCUGCUGGCUGGACUGAGAGGAGAACCGAUGCCCAAAGAACUUAAACUCUAGAACAUCACAGGAACAUCUAAAGAACAUCAGAACGACGUCACAACAGCAGAUAAAUAAUAUGAACAGAACAUCUCUACUUGAGGGAAAUAGAAAGUUUUGAUUGUCAGUGACUUAAAUCACUGCUUUACUGUGUCAGAUUUAUGCACGAGAUAUUUUAAUAGAUUUUAGUCACCUGAUGUUACCGAUGUCACCCUCCACACGAGACAAGGACAGUCCUGGGUCAUAGGAUAUUAUCAUGUUAAAGUUGUCACAAUAAAAUUACCAUACUGAAGAGUAAAUGUAAUUUCAGAGCA